GAUCCCACACGCUCCAUGUAGACGUGAGCUGCGCAACGAGUGGGCAUCACGCGGUUGAUUCGACACCACAGAACACCUAUACACUGUGACACCAUCAAUCACCCUUGCCUCGUUGUGGGCUGCAAGUCCGUUGAUUGGCGACAGGGGAAGAUACGACACCAUGUGCCUGGAAAAAACAGCAGGCGCACCAAGGGGCUGCAGCGCAUCAGAUUGCCCGUAUCAGAUCGGCGGAGGGAUUUACGCGUAUGCGGUCGCCACUUUAAGCUGGAAGACUACGAACGCAAUUCCGUGCUUGUGCGGCGAUGUGAAGAGGCAUCCCCUCAAAUCCGACGCACUGCCGUCUUUGUUCCUUCCUGUUGAAAAGAAAUUACAGCCUUUUCCGCAUCACACACUGCCCCAGAAAAGUGUCGGAGAGUGUGGCACAGUCUUGGUACCUUCUGCUAGCCAGGCAACCACACAAAAAAACUCUGCACAAGGCAGCCAUGAGUACAGUGGUAACUCGGAAGACCAUGGAAUGCCGGUCCGUCGACAGCAGCUGCCUUCACCACAGAAUCCGCAGUACGGACACAGUGUGGUGCUUCAUCACAUGAGCAGCAGUAGCAGCUUCAGCCGAUGUUGCUUCAGUGCCACAGCUCCCAGAGGUUUCAGGACUCUCGGUGGGUCAACACCUGUGCGAAUGGAUGAAUCUUCUCCCGCUAAAAAAUCCAGCUGCUGAAACAUCUGUCCAAAUGGACGGAUCUUUCCCUGCUGAGGAAGAAAAGCCAGCUGCUCAAGUUGACAUCACAUGCUUGCCUUCAUGCAGCGAGAGUUUCUGCAGAGGGGGUGUGCGAGCAACUUCACAAGCUCCGGUGGAGAAGCCAGCCACUUGUUUGAGGGAGUGGGGCUGGAGUUGGCAACUUUCUCCUGGCUGCUGGCAUGCUGUACUAAAGCUGCGUGGUGGCUGCAACCUUCCAAUGUCUUGGUGCUCAAGUCAUCCCGGAGUGCAGCUUCUACAACUACCAGAGGGCCUACUUGCUCCCUACAGUAAAACAGGUGCAGUUAUUGGUCAACAUUUAAAUAUAAUUACAUCAAGACUUUUAGACAUAUUACGCAGCGUGAACACAAAUGCUUAUACUUCUCUUGCCUUACAGUGAAUCUUACUUUUUUAGCAUAAUUUUGCCAUUGAUUUACACAUUGCAAAUCAUUUGCUUCCAUCUCUGUAUCUUUGUCAAUGUAAUCUAAAUUUAGAACAUGAAAUCAUUUUGUAUAAAACUUGUACAAAAGUAGCCCAUCUGAUUUUUUGGUUACAAUGCGAAAGAGAAGCCUAAUAUUUUUGCAUGCUAAUAUCAAAUUGUAGAAACCAGUCAUCUGGAAAAAUCAUAGUUUCACAAACAGUUUUAGCAUACUGCCUUAUUUAUCUUACUGCGCAAUAUGAAUACUGAUGAUAGAACUGAGUUUGAGAUGAUGAACAUGUACAGUGGUAAAAAUCUAGCAGUGGUGGAGUACUCGUGGGCAUAUCGGCAUGAAUCAUCAUUGCUAUUAUAUCAGGCCCCGGAAACUCGGUGCUAGUUCCCGUUUCAAAGAACAUGCACGCUCGUAGAAUUUGCUGGGCAUCCUGAGAUCCGGUUGAAUGGAGUGAGGUUGAUGUGAAUGUUCGCAUUUAUUGGCCAUCACAAGUUUUUACAAACAAAAAAGCCUACGUCCCGCAAAAGAGCUUCUGUUUUGUUUAUAUGUUUUUUUUUCUUAUUCCUUAUUUUGUGAAUUUUAAAUCAGGUGAAGCGCAAAGAGUGAUUGACUUGCGUUCGUAGCGCUUGCCUCCGCUCCUUCUUGCCUCUCGCUCAGCGAUAUUAGAAGCUGGAUCUCGCUCAGAAGCUGAAUCUCGCGCAUAAACUCAAAGCGUCACCAACUUUUGCCAAAUUACUAGCCUUCAAAAUGAUAAUACUUCCUAAACUGCAAUACGCUUCGGUCGUAUGGAACCCCUUCCUUAAAAAAAAUAAGUACCGGCUUGAAAUGGUGCAAAGACGCGCUGUACGCUUUAUUUUCAACAAAUAUAGGACCACCGACUCGCCAACUUCUCUAAUGCUGGCGAAUAGCAUUUCAACCCUGGAAGAUAAACAAAAAAUCGAUAGGCUGAAACUGCUGUUUGCUCUUUAUACUGGUUCCACAAAGGUAAAUGCAUCGGUAUACAUUCAACCAUUUCAAUCACGCCCCACGAGACAUCGACACACGCACAGUUUGCUUCCGUAUCAAGCCCACGCGAACACGUUCAAGAAUUCGUUUUUCCCACGUACAGUAUCGGAAUGGAAUUCACUGCCUGAAGUGGUUUUCACAUCUCAGUCUAUGUGCCAUUCUGAGCGUGCAAUAUUGUCUGUACUGUAGUCUGUACUCGACUUGCUUUACUGUUUAUCGCAAUUGUGAAUGUAUAAUAGGGAGAUAGACUCAUCACCGUUGUUCUGAAGGUCGUAUUAACCUGUGUUUAAGCUCAUCUAUAUAUCUUUGUAUAAUGUACUUAGCUUCUGUAUUUUGUGCACAUCAUUCAUCUAUCUCGCUUACAUGUGUUUUCCACUUAAUUUUUGUGCCUCUCCUGCUUGGUCUUUUUCAAGACCGCAGUAAGUUGUAAAUAAAAAAAUAAAUAAAAUCUUGGUCGGUUACCGUGUCAACUACGAGAAAGAUAAUGACGGCAACUUGUGACGGGCAGAGAAUGAACCACAGUGAGCUAUGCCGAACAAGUAAACCAUGCAUUCGUCAAAGAUGGCUUAUUCGGGCAACACAUGUUUUUUGCGGCUUUGAGGUGUGCUAACCCAGGCAUUUCUAGUUCCGUGAAGGUUUUUCAGCGUUUUCUAAAAGCAACGGGUGAGCACAAGAACUUGGACCAAUUAUUGGAGCAAGUAUUGAUUUUGCAUGAGUACAAAUGAGCAAACCCAGUUCUCCGCAAGCCAGACUGGACUGAGAGAAGUGCUGUGUCGCUUGACAGAUUGGUGAACACAGCAGCCAAGCUCCUGUCGAAAAAAUGAGUUUAUUGAAAGGCUUAAAUUUGAUUUUCUCAACUACAUUGUUUUAGCUACUUUUACUUUUGGAAACUAGUUAAAAUGAUGUCAAAUAAUUAUAGGCCACUUCCUGCUUAUGAAAUUCUUGUAGCGGUGGUUUCAAAUUUUGCGAGUCCUUACUUUUAAUAAUGUCACUCGAAUACACGUGAUGGACUAAAUGCUUCUAAAUAUUAUUACAGAGAAUGUCGAUGGAGGCAGUGUUUUGACAAGUCAACUUUUCUUCGUCAAGGCAACGCUGUUGCUCUCAUGAGGACAAGUGAACUUGCCGAAACAUUGUUUUCAGCGACGUUCUUUCUCAAAGAACUGAUCGCUUCAAGCCUCUUCGUGCCUCUGAACUUUAGUCUCCUUUGGUACUCAAUUUGUACGCCCGUCGUCAUAACAAACGCGAUUGAGUCAAAUAUGUGUCUUAUCCGUCAUUGUUGAUGAUUUUAACAUUGGUUCAGAUAUUGGCUUCAACGUUUGCUCAAUAUGUCCAUAUGUCAGUUGUAAAUUGAAGCUGAAUCUAUAGAUUGACACUUUCACACUACGUGUAUGUACCUGUUUUUUACGCAAGACAUGCAAUAAAAAAGCAUUUCAUUCGUGUCAA